UAAACACGACGCCUAUGCAGUCUUAUUGUCGAACGGGUCACGUGACCAGGCAAUGGCAGCGCGUGUCUCCCUAGUAACAACCUUUCUCCAAACAGCAGCAGUCGCCGCAAUGGAAGCGUUAAAGUCGGUGAUACAGAAGGCAGCGAGGCUCAAGAGAGAUGAAGGCAUAGUGCACCUGAGCAGCUGUUUUCAGUGGAAAAAUUUGAAGGCGACGACCAGAGGCAAUAUAUACACCAAGAAUUUGUGUAUGAGAAUGUGAUGUUCUCAGUACAGCGUGGGCUUCCAUGGGCUGCAGUGGCCCAAAUAGCAAAUCUGAGUAAAGAGCUCCUCCCUGAGCUUAGAGGUGUGAAAAGAUCUGAAGCUCUGUCUUUGAUCCAGAAAUGGCUAUCACAGUGUGAUCAUCUACUUACUCCCUAUCAUCACACCACCAUGUAUGACUUUAUGGUGCAGACCUACAUCCAUCAUCAGUGCCUCUAUCAAGCUUUUUUAAAAAAAGAGGUGAACCGUCAGUGCAUGCACUCCCACCUUGAGAUUCACGUACCACCACAUCCCUUACCACUAUCCGAAGGAACUGAUUUGGGAGUCUGGGAGAAGCAGAAGGCUUUGAAAGAACUAAUGGCAGCUGAGACAGUAAAGCUUGAAGAAAUCCAUAGACUCAAAGAACAGGCUAAGGCCCAGAUAUUGUCAAAGCAGCAAGUCAGACUAAGCGACCUUUCACUGGAGGACAGACUAGAGAAACAGACCCUGGAAAGCAUGGUUCGCUCCUUUCUGCAGGCAGAAGUAGAGGAUGUAAAAGAGAUUUUAAUAAAGGAAAUCAGAGCUACACAAGAGCUGCUGGAAAUAAGACUGAGUCAAACUGCUCUGCAUGGAGUUGGACACUCUUCAGGUUUAUAAGCCAUGUUGGAAAAAGGCUCUACAUCUGGUUCCAUAAAAAAAAAAGAAAUGAGGGUAACAAAAAAUUAAAACAAAAUUAAAAUGGG